ACGAAAGCUUUAAAUCUAGAGAUCAACCGUGUUUAUUUGCAACACAAAAAUCAGUUAUGUUCUACUCAAACGAACAUUGAGGGAUUGGUGUUCAUAUCCCGUUUAUAGCUCUGAAGUUACUGGCAGAAAUUCUACAUUCCUAUGGCUGGGCGAGUAUAUCCAUAGGACAACCACAUUUGACUUCCCAAUAGUGGUAUUCGUUUUAUCCACCCACACAGGGAUUUUGAGUGGAUUGUGGAUAAUGCCCAAUAAAUUAGGGAACCAUAUUGGCAAACGUUGGCUAAAUUAAGAAACCCUAAGCAGAUCUAACAAUAGUGGAAGAGGUAUAUAUUUCAGAUCGUUCGUUAAUGGGCGAGGUGGGCUAUAGGAAGUAUUGAGUUCAUUGAAACCGUGAAAUGAUGGAGGCGAUGAUUACUUGAGGACAGCAGAUGAAUGGAGCCAUGAUAUGAGAUGAAUCUCAGUGAGGUUUUGAGACAUCAUGGAUUUUUGAGGCCAAAAGACAUGAGGCCAUUAAUUGAGGGCACAGGUUAUUCGAGGUCAUAAGAUAUUUUAGGUCAUGAAUCGAAGAAAAAAAUCUUUGAGGCUGUGAAAUAUUUGAGACCAUUAAACGAGUAUGGCAAUGGGUUAUUUGAAGCCAUGAUAUAUUUUAGGUUGUGAAUUUAAUGAAAACCUGGAUAUUUGAAACCAUUACAUAUUUUAUGUCGUGAAUUCAUUUCAGACAAUAGUCAUUUGAGGCCAUUCUGAUUCUGAUUUAAGGCCAUUAACUCUAUGAGGUCAUUACCUGAGUAAAACCAUAUGCUAUUUUAGGCCAUGAGAUAUUUGAGUUUGUGUUUGAAUGAAACGAUGGGUUAUUUGCAGUCAUAAAAUAUUGUAGGUAGGGGAUUUAAUUCGAGCGAUGGGUAAUUUGAGGUCAUUAAAUAUUUGAGGGCAUUGUCAGAGCAAGGCCAUGGGUUAUUUGAGGUCAUGAAAUAUUUCACGCUGUUAAUUCAAGUAAUGAGUAAAUUAGGGUCAUUAAAUAUUUAGAUCCGUUAGCUCCGUGCGGCUUUGGGUUAUUUGAAGCCAUGAGAUAUUUUAGGUAAUUCAUUAAUUCGAGCAGUGUUAUUUGAAGGCAUUAAAUGUUUUAGGCUAUUACUUGAGUGAGACCAUGGGUUAUUUGAGGCCAUGAGAUAUUUGAGUUUGUGGGCUGAGUGAGGUCAUGGGUUAAUUGACUGUCUUCGGUUUAAGCGUGUCGCAUUUAUACGCUUAGCCCCUUCCCGCCACCCACAGUCAUCACCUGGCAGCGCUAUCGUGACAGCGUGUGAAGGUGGGUAUAUUUAUUAUUCAUCACGGAUGUGGUGUUAGACCGUGAGCUGUCAGCUGGGCGAGUGGUCUCGCUACACAUCGAGCGGGGCACGCGCCGGGCACCUGCACCUCCAGCGAGUGCUCCCUGCAUCGGCUCCCACAAGGCAGCAGCGAGCUCUCCGCCACCGACACAGCUCACCCCUGGCGACAAACACGCGCACACCCAUCGGCCCGGUCGCCGCACGGCGAGACUAAUCCCAGGGGUGGGGCGAGGGGGGGGGGCUGCAGCAACAUGGAGGAGUGCGGCGGCAUCCGCACGGACGGCAGCACCCUGCUCAGGGCCGUGCUGCUCGGCCGCUUGCGCCUGACGCGCCUUCUACUCGAGGGUGGCGCCUACAUCAACGAGAGCAACGAGCGCGGCGAGACGCCGCUCAUGGUGGCCUGCGUGAGCCGACACGUCGACGCGCAGAGCGCCGCCAAGGCCAAGAUGGUGGCCUACCUGCUGGAGAACGGCGCCGACCCCAACAUCCAGGACAAGUGCGGGCGCAGCGCGCUCAUGCACGCGUGCAUCGCCGGCGCCGGCGCCGAGCUGGCGCAGCUGCUGCUCACGGGCGGCGCCGACCCCAGCCUCGAGGACCGCUCGGGAGCCUCGGCCCUCGUCUACGCCAUCAACACGGACGACAAGGACACCCUCAAGGUGCUGCUGGACGCCUGCAAGGCCAAGGGCAAGGACGUGAUCAUCAUCACCACCGACAAGUCGGCCUCGGGCGGCAAGACCACGAAGCAGUACCUCAACGUGCCGCCUUCGCCCGCCGACUUUGACGAUCGGUUCGCCCCGGUGAUGUCCCCUUCCGACAUCGAGCUGCGGCCCACGUUCUCCAACUCCCUGGCCACCGCAACGGAGGACGAGUCCUUGAUGAGCCUCCCGGCAGCCGGCGUCUGCGGCAGGAAGGGUACACCGAAGCACUGCGGAACGCCCAAGCUGCUGCCGCAGCUACAGAAGACGGUGGCUCACAGCGAGGAAGCAAAGAAGGCGAUUGUGUCUCUCGACGAGGAACUCUCCUCCAGCUUUAGCUCUUUGCUCACGAGCAGGUCGAGCGUGCUCGCCAGACACUUCAGCAUGGACGUGGCGGACGACACCUUUCUGGGCACAUACACGACCGAGAGGCGGCCGCCUUCCAGCAGAGCGGCUACGCCCAUGUGUCACAGGUCGCCGCACAUGGCGAGAAGGAACACCCUUCCCGUGGAAGAACUCACAGAGACCCUGACGCUUCCACCCGUGUGCAGCCUGCAAGAAAUCCUGCGGCAGAGACAGCUGGGCAUUAACCACUACCAUUCCGACACGCAGUUGCAGGCGGAGCCGACGGCAGUACAUACCUUGGCGGGGAGGUUCGCGAUGGAGCAAAGGAAACGGCACAUGUCAAGCUCGCGUGAUUCGCUCGAUGGCUGGUGGCCACCGAUGGCUCCAGCGAGCGGCGAGAGGCGGGGGUCUGGUGGAGUUGGGUUCCCGGCGGAACAGAUGUCUCUGGUCGCUGCGAGCACCGAGCGCAGAGGGUCCGGUGGUGCCAACGUCCUCAUGGAGCAACUGUCGCACAGUCGGAUAAGUAUCCUGCCUCCGAUACCCAUCAGCGUGACUCCAACUGCCAGUGGGAGCGCCUCCGAGGCAACCCCGGGAUUUUGCAAACAACUGCAGAUUUCGGUCAAACCUGGGGUGCCCCCGCUGCCCUGCUCGCCGAGCCACCGAGAGGUGAAGGGCACGAAAAAAUUCCCAAGGCGCCACUCCAUGCAGGUGGAGCAGAUGAAGCUGCUGCUCACGCACGGAGAUGGAUCUGGUGACUAGGCAACUCCCGAUUUGAAUCCGGGAACAAAACGUGACCACCCCUGCAAUAUCCUUUUGUAACCUUAAAACACAUCUUCGCAUCCGAAAUGUUAAAUGCGUGGCUAUUGAGAAAGGGGAAGGGGUGCGGUGCUGUGCUGGGAAUGUGUGGGACUGUGCAAUGCGCUAUCCUAGUGUAUUAUUGGAAGAGAUGCGAGAGUGUAGAAGGAACUUUGUUUUUGUACGAGGCACUUUGUUGACCGAGGGCACAGGUUUACAAAUCACCCAUGAAAUGAUAAUUGGGUCGAAAAGUUAACCUGAAAGCUGGGUCUGGGCAGAGCUGUUGGAAUCUUUUAAAAUUAAUAACACAAGUAGGUUAUUUAUAAAUCUUGUUAAAAAUUAUAUCGGAAUCAUGUUAACAGUCUUUGGUCUUGGAUAUCUAAGUAUAUGGAUUGUGUUUAACAAUUACAGUACUGUUUUGUUUAGUGUUUAAAGUAUAUUUUACACAGCAGACCAAUAAAGCAUCUUAACUCAGUAAUAGAAGUGUCAAAACUUUACUUUCACUCUGAGAGUACAGUACACCGGUUAUCUGUUGACAUGGUACAUUUUAACGCAAUUGUUCAAAAUACCGCAAAAUUAUACCACCACAGUACUUCAAUUGACCACACUGCACCUUAUUGCUCAGCUCUACAGUGCAACAGAUAUUUUGGCUUACACUCGAGAUGAACCUCAACCCAAUAGGCCCAGAUGUCUUUCUUCAAGAUGCUUUCGAUGUCUGAGCACUAGAGGGCAUCUAACACUGGGCUUGUGGCAAGGUGCACGUGAGCAUGGGUUUGGGUUGGAGGCAACAAUGUAUGCUGUUGUGGUUAAGAUGCUUAUGUAUGCUACAUAAGCAGCAUCCAGUAACUGCACAGUACCAAGAGUUAUUUAAUAUAAAUAGCCAAAAAAACUCUUCAGUAAUCUGAACAUCGUAUAAACGACUUUCGCAAAUAAUUGUCCCUUUUGUGGAAAUUCAAGCUGGGUGCUAACUCGCCCAGCUGAAUAGUGUAGCAAAUGGUCGCUCACAAGAAGCCAUCUGAUGUGUUAACGUGAACAUAUUUAAUAUUUAAACAUGACCCACUUGCUCCAACCAACUAGCGUUUUAUAUAUGGUGAGCGUGUUAUUAUUUUUCGGAGAUGGUGGACGAAGAUCCAGGGGUUUUUUUUUCAUGAGAUAUUAUAUUUUUAUUGAAAAAAUAACCCUUUGUUUAAAUCAAUAAAAUGUAUUCUUUCAUUCAUCAACUUGGGCCCUGGUGAAUGUGUUCUGCAUUUCACGGCCGAUUGACAGGAGGAGUGUAACGCCCAUUGACAACACCUUUAUUACCAGUUUCACCAAAUUCACCAGGAAAUUCACCUCGGCCACUCACUGUAGCCAUGGCCAUGAUAAUGCCAUCAAACAUCAAAGAUGACUGCAAAGUACAAUGAGCUCUCUCAGUAGCAAGGAGCAGUAGAGUGACCUUUGCUGUGAUCAAAACCCAAACAUAUGAAACAGAAUAAAGUAUUUUUUAAGGUCGUGUUAGGGCUGUUGACAUUUGAUAAAAAGGUCACAAUGCUUUGCAGAAAGAUGAGUCAGAUUUUCGCCAAUAUAGCCAAACCUUUGAUGAAUGUCAACAUUGCAAAUGCGAAAUGUAAAAACUGUUGUCUAAAAUGUGAAUUUCAUUACAUAAGCGACGUUCAUAAUUUGGAAUCAUACCGGGAAAAUUAACAAGUGGAAAUCUGUCCACGAAUAAAA